AUGUACGCCAGGUAUAUAUUUGAACCUUUACAAUUCAAGAACCACUCAGGUGGCGGAGGACGGGCGCUCAAUGCGAUACAGAUACAUCCAUAUUACGUAAUAAAACUUCUCCUUACCGUUGAGCAUGACUUGCUCAACCUCGUUGUCAUCGAAGGCGACGACCGCACCAGUUCUUACUCCCUAGUUUCAUAUCCUAGAUUCCAACUUCGCUUGCAUUUCCGCCCGUCCUAUAACUUACAGACUGGCGCACUACGCACGAACUUAGCAUGCAAAGGGAGCACGUCCGCAGGGGUUUCUCUAUAUACUCAUCAAAAGGUGGUUCUGGAGAUUGAUUUCUCCGGAAGUCUCUGGGGUUACACGGAAAUCACGGUAGUACCGACCAGCAAAGAUCUCAAAACCCUCCAUCUCCACUCCAGACAAUGCGCCAUCCAUUCAGUGACUGUGGCCUCACAUCAUGCGGACUUCGUCCACCAUGACCCACUUGCGAAUUUAAGCAUCUCCAACCCGCAUGACUGUCACUAUCAUCCGGAGCUGAAACGAAAAGUAUACUCCGCCCUGGCAGAAGGUGACGAGGGCGAGCUCUCCAUUGCUAUCCCUAAGGAGGUUUCAUUGAGACAAUCGGGACAUGCUGCUAUGGGUAUUGUCAGCGAAGCCGCAACGCCUGAGCCCCAGACACCAGGACCGAUGGCGCAACCUAUUCUUUCUAUCCCUGAGUUCGUGCCCAUCAUUGUGAAUAUUGUAUAUAGUGUCCGGAAGCCCGUAGACGGCAUUCAAUUUGUCUUGCCGACAGAUGCCUGUCCAUACCGUGUGCCGCAUGUGUAUACAACCCCAUCGUCUUCGGAUGCUGCCCGUUGUUGGGUGCCAUGCAUCGACAAUAUGUGGGAAAAGUGUACGUGGGAGUUCGAGUUCGUCGUCCCAAGAUACCUCGAGCAACGAGAUUCAGCGCUUGAGGACGAUGACGAGCCACGAGAAGGAGAAAAUCCAACUGUGGUCAUCUGCAGUGGUGAACUCGUGGAGCAAGUAGCGCAUCCAUAUAACUCAAGCAAGUCCAUAUUCUUGUUUUCACAAAGCACCCUCACUUCAGUACAGCACAUUGCGUUUGCGGCUGGUCCGUUUCACGUCCACUCAAUCCCAGCGGAUCUAAGCGCGGCGGAGGACGCAUCAGGAACGUUGCAGCCGUUGAUGCAUGCGUUCUGCCUUCCUGGACAUGAAGCGCUACUACUAUACUCGGUCUCAUUCAUGCGCUCAGCUAUGAGCUUCUAUUCCACAGAGUUUGGGUCAUAUCCAUUCGGAUCGCAUAAACUGAUAUUCGUGGACGAGAUGCCUACCCAACGUUUCGAUAGCGCCACCUUAUCGCUUUUGUCGGUGGACCUUUUGCACGGUGACGAUGCGAUCGACCAAGUCUUCGAAACCCGGCAUUGUUUGAGCCAUGCGCUCGCCUCUCAAUGGAUCGGUAUAAACAUUCAACAAAAGACGUGGUCAGAUACUUGGCUUGUGAACGGGCUGGGACUAUACAUCACUGGCUUAUUCAUUCGUAAGCUCUUAGGCAACAACGAGUAUCGUUUUCGCCUCAAGAAGGACAUGGAGCGCGUGCUGGAACUGGAUAACGGGUCGAUGCCUCCCAUCUGCCAGCCACAAGUGAUGGAACCACCGGAUGCAGCCACGCUCCCUUUCGUCAACCUGAAGGCAGCUCUCGUUCUACACAUCCUGGAUCGCCGCCUGGGCAAAUCUGGAACGUCUCUCGGACUAUCGCGCGUCUUGCCUAAAGUUUUCUUGUCUGCGAUCAGUGGUGAAAUGCCUAAUAACGCGAUAUCCACACAUUCAUUUCUCAGGACUUGCCGAAAAGUAAGUGGUAUCGAUCCGCGUUCAUUUGCGGAACAGUGGAUAUAUGGCAGUGGAUGUCCUACUUUUGGGUUUUCUGCCACGUUUAAUCGAAAGAAGAUGGCGGUGGAGAUCUCAAUGCGUCAGGAAGCACCCGCAUACAAAGCACACGAGAACAAUGAAAUCACGAGGACUUUGAUGAAGCCUGUACCAUUCUUCGAGGGACAAAUGACGAUUCGAAUACACGAGGCUGAUGGGACACCAUAUGAACACGUGCUGGAUAUCCGUAGCCCGUUUAAACGUUACGAAGUUCCAUUCAAUACGAAGUAUAAACGUGUACGACGGAACACGAAACGAUAUCUUGCGCGGCAAGCGGCCGCUCAGGCAGCUGCAGAGGGAGAUGCUGAGGCUGCAGCUGCGAUGGACAUGGUGGACAUGGGCUUCGGACUGGAAAUAUGGGAGAAAGAGAAGGAACGUGAGAACUGGAAGGUAGCGGACUGGACAGAGGAAGAUGAGCAGAACAUGGCCGGUCAAACAUACGAAUGGAUACGCAUUGACGCGGAUUUCGAGUGGAUCGCGGGUAUCGCUUUCGAUCAAAAGGACUACAUGUGGGUCUCGCAACUGCAGCGCGACAGAGAUGUUGUUGCGCAGUAUGAGGCUAUCUUAGUUCUGUCGAAGUCGCCCAAUGCGAUCAUUUCUAGCACGCUCACCAAGACCGUCUUGGUCUCUAAUUACUAUUUCCGGAUUCGAUGUGAGGCUGCUCAAGCUCUUGUCAGCUGUGGAAUACAACGGCUAGAGUGGCUGGGACUCUUCCAUCUGUUUAAACUCUUUCUCCGAUAUUGUUACGAGCCAGAAGAUCCCAAUCCCGACUUAUUCAGCCAUACUUAUGUACCAAGACCUAACGACUUCAGCGACCUGACGGAGUAUUAUGUCCGCAAGAGCUUGCUGAGGGCCAUUGCUCGGGUCCGCUUUGAGAAUGGCAAAACACCACCGAUUAUCCGGCAGUUCUUAAUCGACCAGCUGCGAUACAAUGACAAUACCGCCAAUCCAUAUUCGGAUGCGUUAUACAUUUGUACUAUCAUCUCGGCUUUGGCGACCGCCACGAUAUCUGUUGUUCCGCCCGAACGCGGGGAGUUCAUCGCGACGGAUUCUCAGCCGGUUCAAGACAGUCAAGAUGCCGAUUUGCUGAGGCAGGCUCUGGCUGAAGUUGAUAGGUAUCGCAGUAUGGAUAGGCUGAUACCAACCUAUCACAACGUCGUCACAGUUGCAGUUAUUGAAUUCUACUUAAUGUUGAGCAUGGGUGGGCUAAUCCCGCAUGACGCACGCACGUUUUUUCCUUUGACUCGGGAGGGCAAUUACACUCAAGUGCGCAUAGCUGCCUUUGAUCAUCUAUUCCUUACCAGGUGGUAUACCCCAAAGGUUAUGCGCUAUGUCCUUGCGGUCAUGGCAAAUGAUCCAUCUCGUGUGGUCCGGAGACAUGUCGCGCAGAAUGCUUGCCUAAGUCUUGCGUUACUGCUCACCAUGGGCGAGAUGAAGACAGUGAAAGAGACUGAGUCGUUGCUUAUCGAGGAAGAUGGCACCGUUGCUGAGAAGGCAAAGGAAAGCAAGAAGAGUGACAUUGAUGUUAUGAUCAAAGCCUUCAGGAAGGAUAGAGAAUUGGGCAAGAACGAAGUCACAAGAGAACUUUUGAUGCCCAUAGUGCUUGCUCCAGAUACCGAUCUUGAGGUCCGCUGGUGCUUACUGAAGCUUGCGGAUCUACUCAUCCGUGGCUCAGAAGAGGCUCCCCCCAAAGUUACUAUUCACCUCCCACCAACGCCAAUUACAGAGGUCGCUCCCCCAAUACCUUCUGUCAAGGUUCCAUUCAAGUCCCGGCCGUUAAUCAGAAGUGGCGCUCCUCCCACUAAGGCAGCUUCAACACCUGGGAAACUCAAACUACUACCUAGUACUAUACAGGGCGAUGUCCCUGCAAGGACACCGAGUACCACGCCUGUUGUGAUGCGUCGUGAAGGUUUCCCCGUGCCCAAGGUAUCUGUGCCAAAGAAGGUACCUAUUAUGGAGAAGAAGAAGCCUCAGAACGUCCCAAAAGCUCAAUCGGGCGGUAUGAGCUUGAAUGAUCUCCGGGCCUGCAGGAAUGCUCUCAAGAAGCUCCAAACUCACAAGCGCGCUGUUGUGUUUUUGCAACCGGUGGACCCAGUGCGAGAUCACGCGCCAAAUUAUUUUGAUGUUAUCAAGAAUCCCAUGGAUCUCAGUACAAUGAGUGCGAAACUCGAACAAGGGAAAUACAACGACCGGUUUGCCUUUGAAGCAGAUUUUCAUAUGAUCAUCGGCAACGCGAAACUAUAUAACCUUUCGGGCAGCUACGUUCAUAACGAAGCAUUGGCGCUUGAAUCCUUUUUCGAGAAACAAUGGGUGCGCAUCAACAAAACCCUCGAGGCCGCUGAUCGGUCCGCGCAGCCACGAGUCAUGAACAUACCUCCGGUGGAGCCUACCGUCGUGCGGCCGGCCGUCCCCAAGUCUCCUGUUGUCCCUCUCGUCCCUCCUAUAGUUGCUUCUGCUCAUUCCGCGAAACCUUCGAUUAAGCUGAAGGUUGGUGGCGCAUCCAAUGGAACUCCGGUCGCUCUCAAGCUCGUACCUAAGCUCAAAGCCAAGAAGCCCCAGGAGCGCAUUCUUUCUGCGACUCCGCUUCCCGACCAAUCGACAAUUAUUGACGAUGGUUCUGCUGAUUUAUUAGAGGAGGUGAUUGCUAUGGAACGAGAACGCAAACACCGUGUUUCUACGUCAGCCGAGAAGGAUAAGCAUGCACCGCCGAAGUUCGUGAUCGGCAAACGCAAGAAACCUGCAGAUGAACCAACUGAGGAUGAGAUUCUGGCCCUCGCGACACCUCCCAAGAAAGAGCGGCCUACAGCUCCUGCGCCUGUAGCUGGUCCAUCUACUCCAGCGGUGCCUCCUACCCACAGGAAUUCAAGUGCAACAGCUAUGCCUCGUAACGGGGUCACUACUCAGAAGAAUAAGGAGAAAUUGACCAAACCAGCCCCUGUUCUCAUGCCUGAAAUUUCUGCUGCCCCUGCUCCGCGUCCGUCCGUCAAAGGCAAGGAGAAGGAGGUACCUCCCCCUACAUCCACACCAUCCAAGGCAAAGAGGUCGCACUCUCAGACGACGUCCAUCAACGAGAAGAAGUGUAGAGAGAUCUUGAAAGUCUUGACCAAGCUACCUGAUGCGCGCAUUUUCCUGAAACCCGUUGAUCCCGUAUUGGAUGGGUGUCCGACAUACUACGAUGAAAUUAAAGAGCCAAUGGACUUCGCUACCAUGUCCACCAAACUUAGCGAGGGCGCUUAUACGACUAUGGAAGGUUUCGCUAAGGAUAUUGAGCUCAUUUUCGGUAAUUGUCGAAAAUUCAAUCCACCUACCACUUAUCCAGUCACUUGUGCGGAUGGAGUUGAGCGGAUAUUCAAGAAGGAGUGGAGUAAACUCAUGGAGAAGAAAUUAGCAUGGAAUGAGAAGCGGAGUCUGCAGAGCGUGAUGACCAGACUGGUUACCGACCCAAUCUCCUUCGUCUUCCGUGAACCGGUGGACCCGAUAGCUCUAGGUAUCCCGACAUAUUUUGACGUCAUUCCCCGCAAAGACGCACGCGAUCUUCGUACGAUUAGACAGAAGCUGGACGCAGACAAGUACGAUUCGACCGAGGCAUGGGAAGCAGACAUGGAACUCAUGAUCGAUAAUGCCAUUCACUUCAACGGGGCAGAUUCCGAGGUCGGUCAGAUUGCUAUGCUUGUGAGAAAUAGGUACAAGGAGAUGUCAUCGAGUGCCAAGACACCGGUGGCGAAGAGGAAGGGCAGCGACAAGGGAACCCCCCAACCCACCAAGAAAAUCAAGUUGGGAUGA